ACAUCUAGUAUGUGGGUGUCAAUCAUUGGUACUUUUUUAAACUUUUAUGCAUACCACGCCCCCGGGUCCGUGCGCAAGGCACUUUGCGACACUUGUCGUUGCUUUACGGCAGCGGCUAAACAUGUGACGCAAAAGACCGAAGAGAAGAAAACAAACAAUGGAGAACUACAGCAAAGCUCGUAGCGUGGAACAGCCGUCUGUGUGUCCAUUCAAGCUCGCCGCCGACACGCCGGAGGUCUGCGUCAAAGACGGCAGCAAGAUCCGCAACCUGCUGCGCUUCGCCCUCAGCCGCAUCGGUGCCAAGCCGAGGGCGACAGAGGCUCAGGAGGAAGCCGCCCACCAGGCUCUGCCCCUUUGCCGCCAGCUGGUGUUGACGGCGAGCGGAAAGGCCGUGUCCAAAGCCAUCACCUGCGCCGAGCUGCUGAAGCGGCGCGUGAAGGGCAUGCAUCAGCUGACCGAGCUCGCCAACAGCACCGUGACGGACGUGUGGGAGCCGCUGGAGCCCGACGCCGGCCUGGACAGUCUCACCGUCAGCAGGAAGCUGCCCGCAAUCUGGAUCCUCCUCUCGAAGGACCCUCUGGACCGGCAGAGGCCCGGGUACCAGGCGCCGGGCCGCUUUGACGGCCUGUGGGGGCAAGCCGUCGCCGCCAGGGAGGACAGGGGACUGUGGGGGGCUCACAAAAGGAAGAGAGGAGGCGGGGGCGGCAACAGGGGGAGGGGACGUUCUAGAGACCUCCAAGCGGGCAGCUGAUCCUGAUACCUGAUUGGACGUCACUUCCUGUUUCAUGUGACUCACCUUGAUUUGUGGAUAUUAUUUUUGAAGACAUCGAAAUAAACAGAACAUCGAAUGUG